AUGGCUAUCGAGGCACUCGCGGCCGUUGGCGCCGCCGUUCAGAUUCUCAAGACUCUGUACGAGUACUACAACAUUCACAAGCGCAACAAGGCUUUGCUCGACAUACUCGAGAGCUUCAGCGCAAAUGUGGAGAUUGCCUUCGAGCGCUUGAAGGCGAGGGAGGACAUGCUGAGCCUGGGGCAGAACGAUGCUCUCGCCUCAAUCGAGCGCGACUUCACAAACGCCAAGAACUGGCUCGUCGCGAACGACAAGAACCUCCGCAGCGUCUGGACGGCAUUGCAGGCUGCCGACAAGCUGAAGGACCUUGACGACCGCUUGACGAAAGCCUUCGCCUCAAAGAUGUCGAUCGCCAUCUUCACCGCCUUGCAAGACACACGCGCCGGCGUGAUCAAGAUCCAGACAACGCUUGAAGGUCUGCCGACGAAUUUGUCUGAUGUCUGCCGCACCUCGACGAAGGAGGCGAUUCACGAGGCCAUUUCGGAGCUGAAGCAGGAAGCGUACGCUGCGGUUGGCGGGAGCGACGGGCGGGACAGGGGAUUCAGGAAUGGCGAGGCGGAAAAGAUCAUCUCGCAGCUCGUCGACCAGCUCGCCGAGCAGGAGCGGAUCAAGGAGGACGAAGAGCUCCUCUUCGAAGCCGGAUAUGCCCCCCUCGAACCGACAAAGCCCUCGCCAGUACCUUACACCCCCGCUAGCUCCUCCGCCAGUCGACGGUCCUCGCAGUACAUCCCCGCCUCCGUUCCGUCAGAUCUCGACAACCCGUUCGAACCUUCCUCAUCCCGAGCCAGCUCAAUCUCCUCCCGCCGUCCCUACUCCUCUUCCUUACGCUCGUCGACGCUCGUCGAGUCAGACAACGAGAGCCUAGCGACGGUCAGCAGGGCGAAGGGUAAAGAGCCGCUCUACAAGGUCCCGAACGACUUGGUCCUGCUCAGCGCCAAAGAUGCCUCGACCGGCACCGACCUGAUCGACCCGAUCCUAGCGAGCGACGGGAACAUUUACGACCGCUGGAGUCUCGUCGAGUCGUCCACCACCCCGGACGCAUCGCUUCGGAUCGUCGGGAACGUCGUUCAGCUGCGAGACGUCCUCUUUACCUCCUUUCCUGAGCGCCGAGCCAUCUUCGAGCAGCGUCGGCGGGACUUUGAGCGGAAGACGCUCGACUUGUACGCCUCGGCCAGCUACAAUGACCUACCGCGACUGGCACACCACCUCUCACACGUCCUGCUCUUCGAUGCGACUUCCGUCUCACUGCGCGUCAGGCGAGGACUCGUCUACUAUCGCUUGCGGUUCCUCCAGGAGGCGCUUGUCGACCUGAACGAGGGUGUCCAGCGAGCGGAAGAAUCUGGCGAAGCGAGGAUAGACGUCUUGCGUGCGCGAGCGUUGGUGUUGGAGGAGUUGCACGACACCGACGCAUCUCUCCGCGACGUCGAGGCUGUCCUCUCCACCGAGUCAAAUGACGUACUCUGCCUCUCCCUUCGCGCUUCGCUUCGCGGCAACACCGGCGACACCGCCGCCGCUCAAGCAGAUCUCGCCGCGACGAACACCGCCAUCCGCAGCGGCAAAGUCUACCGAAGCAAGCUCGGAGACAGCGACUGCGACCUCGAGUACCUCGCGCGUGGAUGGGCGUACUCUGUGGUGCGCGACUUUGCGGCGGCUGCGGCGGACUUUGGAUUCAGCGCGAAUUUGCGGAACCCACCUGAUCCGUAUGCGACGGCCUGCCAUGCUCUCGCCAAGCUCAAGGACGAAGAAGCGCGAGGCGUCCUGUCGUCCGAGACGAUCGCGACGACUGGUAUCCAGCUCGACGACGCUAUCGAGCGAAUUCGUAAGGUCGCUCUCUCAACAGCCGAAGCCAGCGGCGACAGAAGCUUCACGACCAGCGGCGCGCCGGUCUUUCGCGUGCAGAGAGACGAAGGUCUCCCACCCGCCGUCUUCCCGACUCUCCUUCUUCGCGCCUCCGCUCGAGCAACACAAGGCGAGUUCGAGCUCGCCCUGCACGAUUUUGAGACAGCGAUGCGACUCCGUCCAGCCUGUGUUAGGGACGCGCCGAACUUGCGGUGCGCGCUGGCGGAGUUGCGCGUCAUGUGCGGUGACAGGGAGGGUGCGGAGCGGGAGUUCGACCUGGCGAUGGCAGCAGCGGCGGGUAAAGAGCAGCGAGCGGAUGUGUUAGCGCAGCGGCGGCAGCAUGGACUGUGA